GUAAUGACAUUCAGCAAACCAACUGCAACUGUCAUUUGGUUCAUGACUUCCGCCGAGCGACACUUCCUAGUUCUUUUUGUUGGUGUUUGCGAAAGUGAUGGUGCGCACGAAGAAGCCGAUUUUGAUUGACGGACGUGGACACUUGCUGGGACGGCUGGCUUCGGUCGUCGCUAAGCAGAUCCUGUCCGGAAAUGCGGUGGUAGUUGUGCGAUGUGAGGGCCUUCAACAGUCCGGUCAUUUCUUCCGCAACAAGAUCAAGUUCUUGGCCUAUCUCCGUAAACGAUGCAACGUCAACCCGGCACGCGGUCCUUUCCAUUUCCGCGCUCCGAGCCGUAUGUUGUGGAAGGCUGUUCGAGGAAUGGUCCCACACAAGACCAAGCGCGGCCAUAAUGCGCUGCGUCGUUUGAAGGUUUACGAAGGCAUCCCGCCACCGUAUGACAAGAUGAAGCGUGUGUGUGUUCCGAUCGCUCUGCGCCAGCUUUGCUUGCGCCCCGAUCGAAAGUACUGCACGGUCGAUCGUGUUGCCCAUGAAGUGGGUUGGAAAUACCGAGAUGUUGUGGCCAACCUGGAAGCUAAGCGCAAGAUUAAGGCACGCAUUGCUUACAUGCAUAAGAAGAAGUUGAAGAAUAUUACGUGGAAGGCACGUGCCGCCGUUGCCAAAAAGAUUGAGCCGCAGAAUGCUGUACUGAGAGAGUAUGGCUAUCUGACAACGGAAUUCGAGAAGAAGUACAAUCGACCUGUGUUGAAUACCGUUACACCUAAACUUGGGAAACGCAAGCGUAAGGAGCUGUACGUUGCUGCAAAGGCCGCCCGCAGAACAGCGAAGUAUGCGGCCAAAGCUGCGGCUAAGGAGAAAAAGGCAGCAGCUCCCAAGAGUCCGGCCAAAGCGAAGGCUUAAUAUGUAGAAACGGGAAAAGUUUCGGCGUAAACGGAGUUGAUGGGAGCGUUUGAAGACGAGGUAAAUUUAACAACAUUGCACUCUUCAAAAUGCUAUCACCAUUCGUGCGUUGUUUAUCAACAGAAUCAUCAUAAACCAACGCAUUUGAUGUAAAG